GGGCGUGCGGGUCUCGCUUCCGUUCCCUUCCUCUUUCUUUUUCUCUGUUUUUCUCCCAGGGCGGCCGGCGUCGCGUUUUCCGCACGGCCGUGGCCAGGGCCGGUUUCCUGCCCCGCGGGGGCCGCGGCUGCGGGCCGGGAUGCGCCGGGAAGCGCCGUUCCGCGGGGCUGGACGCGCUGCCGUCCCUUCGCCGGGCGGAGGUGUCGGCCGCCGCUCGGGGCCUGUGGUUGCCCGGGUUUUAAACUUUAUUACGGAGUUACCCCUGCUAAGGUGGCAAAAGAAUCCUUUGGCGCUCGGGUUUCUUAGCGGUGGAUCGCGAUGAGUUUUUGGGUAUUUGCGGUUUCACGUGGUAGUUGAAGUUUAGUACCCCGAGUCUGGGGGGUGCGUGUCUUUAGCAGGGAAAACGUGAAGCCGCUGCUAUUCGCCUUGUCGCUGGUGCCUGUUGGAAGUGGAUAUGUGGAAGGGAGCUGAUUGACAUCUAUUCUGUGGAGUUAAUCAAUAAUCAGAAUGGUUAUUCAUGUAAUGCGUUUUUAUAGACCUUACUGAAAGCCUUGACUGUGCAGCAGAUUGUUACAGGGAUGAAGUUUCUACAGCAUUGUAGUCCUCAGAAGAUUAAAAUAUUUUAAACAAGUCUGAAUUACUGUGCUCCCGCUGCUGGGAUAGUGUGAUGACAGCUGUAUGUCUUGAUAAAGUUUCUCAACUUGAAACUAAGUAAUAAACCCAAGUUCAUCGUGUGUACUGCUAACUUCCCUGGCUGCUUUUUAAGUGAAAAUUUGAUUGCUGAUAUUUUUCCUUUACCUCUUGAUGUUUCAAAAUCCAAAGUCUGGGUAGCUUGGCCAUGGCGGGAAAUUCAGCUGCGCCAGGAAACUAACCAUGCCUAGUGUUUAUUUUUUUCAUUGUAGCCAUAUGCAGAGGUGAAAAUAGAAAUGUUCAUAGAAGUCAGCACUUCCAACUUCACGCAAAGGUGUACACGUUACGCUAACUUAAACUUGUGUCCUGCGUGUCGGUGACAUAUAAGACCUUUGCUGUUCUUAAAAUCUAGGUAUUCUGAUACAGAAGUUAAGGCUUCUUUUUCCCUAGUGAUUCAAAAAACUUCCUGGCAUCUUUUAACACACUGUGGUAGUAGAAGCCUUUGUAGGGAGACCUGUUGAUGAGAACAGUCUUUUAUAAAUGCUGAUUAUUCAAACAGCAAACAGUCUUAAGAGGUAGCUUUUUUGAAAAAAUUAAAAAUUAUACUGAGUAAUUCUGCUAUGAUCAGCAUUUUUUCCAAUUUGCUUUAAAAGUGCGUGUUGCAAAAUUUUGAGAGAAGACUAAGAAAGUUCUCACUGGAGGGAGAAUAUUUUUUUUUAAUUAGUCAAAUGUGCUUGUGGAGGAACUUGUAAUUUUGUUUUUCUUGUGUUCUAUUUGAGAAUACAGGGUUUUAUUUUGUUUUUUUUCUCUUAAGUUGUGGAAUUGCUAUCUAAUGUGGGUCUAUUCCUAUGCUGUCAUACAACUAGUAUGAUGACCUCUUAUCCCAAGUAUUUUUUAAAAAUUUUCAUAAAGGUUUUAUUAUUUCAGUUCAGAAAGGAGGGAAGAAGAGUCAUGUCUCAGUUUGUGUACUGCCCUGAAAUACUAAUAUAGGGCAUUUAAUUAAAAAAAAAAAAGUAAAAGAAGAAAAAUUACAUUUCCAUGCUGCUUUAAUACAGAAAUGAAACAGAGGCAUCAAUUUCUUUCUGUGGAAUGCUGAGGCUAAUUUAGAUCCAAACCUUAUAUUUAAUAAAGCAUGUGAAAGUUGUUCCUGUUUCUUCAGGUCUGUGGAUGUGAGCUUUACAUUGGAGUUAGAGGCAGCAUUUUUGACCCUCUUUGCAGAGUGGUGUGGUCCUGACAAGCUGCUUCUGGUGUCAGUAACAGACCUUCUACCAUGAGCAAUUCUACUUCAGCUACAGAUAAUGAGAAGAAAAAAAGUAAAGGAAAAAGAUCGCCAUGUUCCCCUUCACGUGUCCUUCAUAUUCGUCAAAUUCCAAAUGAUGUUACUGGAGCAGAAGUUGUUUCAUUAGGUCUCCCUUUUGGCAAAGUAACCAAUCUCUUGAUGCUAAGAGGAAAAGGUCAGGCAUUUUUGGAAAUGGCUUCCGUAGAUGCUGCUGUUUCUAUGGUGAACUACUACACUCCUGCUACACCUCACCUCCACAAUCAGCCAGUUUAUAUUCAGUAUUCCAAUUACAAGGAACUUAGGACUGACAAUCAACAUAAUCAGGUUAGACCCCAACCUGCACCGCAAUGUGCGAAUGCUGUGCAGCAUGGAAACCUGGGUAUUACAAGUCCUCUUGCUGCUGAAGGUGGGGUCCUUCCAAGUCAUGGUUCUGUUCUUCGAAUCGUUGUUGAAAAUGUUUUUUGCCCUGUCACUUUAGACAUACUGUAUCAGAUUUUCUCUAAAUUUGGCUUUGUCCUGAAGAUUGUCAUGUUCCAUAAAAACAAUCAAUUUCAAGCUCUGCUCCAAUAUGCUGAUGCAAUGAAUGCAUAUUAUGCCAAAAUGUCUCUGGAUGGUCAUUGUAUCUACACUGGCUGCUGCACUCUGCAUAUUGAUUUCUCCAAGCUAACUAACCUGACGGUGAAGUACAACAAUGACAAAAGUAGAGAUUUCACUCGCAUUGACCUUCCUUUUGGUGAUGGCCAACGAACCAUGGAGACAUCCUUAUCUACUCCCUUUGCCACCCAAAAUACCGUAUUUCCAUCAUAUACAGGGCCUCCUGGGUUUGCCCCAGCCUUGGGCUUUCCUCAGGGAGCAGGUCCUUCUGUUCUGCCUGUUCCUGGAGCACUUGGUCCUCUCACGGUCACCACAUCAGCAGCGCCUGGACACAUGACUAUUCCUGGUAUUCCAGGAAACUCUGUUUUACUAGUCAGCAACCUCAACCCUGAAGCCAUCACACCUUAUGGACUUUUCAUCCUGUUUGGUGUGUAUGGUGAUGUGCAUCGUGUGAAAAUCAUGUUUAAGAAAAGAGGAAUUGCUUUGGUUCAGAUGGCAGAUGCAACCCAAGCUCAAUUAGCUAUCAACUACUUGAACGGACAGAGGCUUUAUGGAAGGGUCAUGCAUGCUACUCUUUCAAAAUAUCAGACAAUUCAACUUCCUCGUGAGGGACAAGAGGACAAAGGUCUGACAAAGGACUAUAGCAAUAGCCCUUUACAUCGCUUUAAGAAUCCCUGCUCUAAGAAUUUCCAAAAUAUCUUUCCUCCAUCUGCAACCUUGCAUCUGUCCAACAUCCCGCCCUCUGUUACUGUUGAUGAUUUGAAGAACCUUUUUACAAGUAAAGGAUCUACUGUGAAAGGCUUCAAAUUUUUCCAGAAAGAUUGCAAAAUGGCUCUUAUCCAGCUGGGCUCUGUGGAAGAAGCAGUUCAUGCUCUCAUUGAGCUUCACAAUCAUGACUUUGGAGAAAAUCAACAUCUGAGAGUUUCCUUCUCAAAAUCUUCAAUCUGAUUUUUCUGUGAAUUUUCCCUUUAGGGCUGCAUAAUAGUUUUAGUAACAUCUUCAAAUAGAGACUGAGACAGCUGUGACCAGCUCUGUCUCUUAAAAGAAAAACCUCAUUCAUACACAAAGAAUUAAGUGAUGAUUUUCUCUGAUUCUAGUUGCAAUUAUGUCAUCCAUAGAAAGAUUCUUCUGUGAAAUCAUUCUAGCAACAAUAUUUAUCAUCAAAUUUCCUACUUGUUUUAUGUUUUGAGACCAUCCUUUCAGCUUUUGUUUGAAAUCAGCCUUACAAAACAAUUUAAAGUGCUUUUACAAUGUAUCAAAUGAGUAUGUUUAAUGAAAAGGUAAACCUACUCUGUGCAGACUAAACACUUAUUUGAAUGUGAAAUAGUGCCUGGGUUUCUUGAAGAAAAGCAAACAGUAACUGUGAGUAUCCUCUAAAUAGUAUUUAUGUUACCAAGGUGUGUGUUCAUACUUUGGCAAAUAUUUACAAAUAACUUGUUUAUAAAAAUAAAAAGUCUGUGCUGUUCUUAUAGAUUAAAUUAUUAGAGAAAAGGCAGUGCCUUCUCUCUGUAGAAUAAAAGUAGUUGACAAGUUUCUUCAAGGUGUGGUAUUGGAGAAUUAGUUUGACUUGAUUGUGGGUUGGAAGUUUGAUGUCCUAUUUCUACUAUGAAGGAAUGUGUACCUUGGAGAAAAUAAAACAAGAAAAUGGUCUUGAUUUAAAAUACUUUUUUUUUUACAUUUCUCUAAAUAAUUAAAUGUUUGCAAUCUUAUGGAAAAUAUUCAGGUCUGUGAUGGUUUCUCAAGUUUUUAAGAUGUUAUUUUUGCUAUAAGGUCAUCUUUCAGGGCAGAAAAAUUAAACCUUGAGGUUUUUUACCACUCUACAGUCUAAUACUUGUAUUUGCCUAAUUUCUUAUUUUGUGCCUUACUAUAUGUGUAUGAAUAGAUUAGAGUGUUACCUGAAGUAUCUUGCAAAAAAUAUUGUGGGCUUUGUGAAAAUUCUCCUCUUGGUCUUUUUGUAAAUGUUUUCCAAGAUAAUUCAAGAUAUAUUUUUUCAUUAAUUAAUAUUUUGAAUUCUAGUUUCUUGUGUUUUCUUAUGGAGAUUGGAUGUAGAUGGGAAUGAGGUUUCAUUUGUUGUGAAAUUACACAGGGAUUCUCUAAAUUUACCUAGUUGCACUUCUCUGAUGGUAGUUCUUCACUGAUAAAAAAUUCAUACCCAGAAAAAAUACACUAAAAACCAAACAAACCUAUAUAGGAGGGCCAGACAGCAAAUCCAGUUAGUUUUCUGGACUUCAUCUGACUUUUUGAGAGAUACUGACUGUAUCAGAAUAUUCUUGCAGGUUUCUGCAUUUCUUUUAUUUUUAAUACUUUACAGUAUUAAAGUAAUAGAAUACUAUCAUUCUUUCCUUUGUAAGUAUGAAAAAAUGUUUGAUACUGAAUCUUGAUUCCUCUUUGGGGAAUGAGCUGAGAUGCAGUUAGGUUUUGCCAUGAGUGUACAGAUGAAUACUAAUGACUUUUGAUUGUAUUUUAAAAAGCUAAAUUUCAUCUUAAGAGCUUUUUUUUCCUCCUAGUAUUUUCUUUCACAUAAAUUAAUUAAAAAUUCAUUUAAUUUUACUUAUCACAUUUUAAUGACCUAUUUCUUUCAAACAUGGCAUUCAUUUACUUCUAACUAUUGCAGAAUCUGUUUCUGCUGUAAUGUUUUGCCACUCAUAAUUGGUUUUGUUCAUCUGAAUUAUAUGACUUUAUCUUUGAAGAAAGAGUAUGUUUCUACUAUAUUCAGAGUACGAGCUGAGUAUUCUGUAGUGAGCUUUUCUAAUUUUUCUCUUUGAAUUAUUUUUGCAAAAUCAGCCUUAUAGUAGCUUGCCAGAUACCACCUUGAUCUGUGUAAAUUGAUUACAGGUGUAUUAAGGAAACCUCCCUGCCCAACCAUCGGGGAGCCAUUCUGGCAGUCACUCUUGCACCACUUGAGCUGGAACUAAGGCUCUUCCCAGUUACAGCCCCCACAUUCCCACAGUCAGAACAGGUUUCCUUACUGGGCUGACCCCAGGUUUCCCAUAGCAGUCUCAGGCAUCCCAGCCAUUAAAAUAAUUUCAUCACAGCACAAUAACAAACUAACAGCUCAGGCUGGCAUCUCUGAGGAGGGACCCAGAACAAAGGAAGCCCUGGGCUUUUAUCCCCUCACCAGUCUAAGCCUGGGAAGGUCUGGGAUCAUCGGCUCCUGCCGUGUCCCAGUGUCCGGUCCCUGGCUGGGCCACAGGUCCCCGGGCCCUUGUGUGCCCAGGGUCAGCUCUUCAAGGCCUCUUUGCCUGGGCUCCCCCAGCCUGAGCUCAACCUGCAGCUCCCACUGCAGCUGCACCCCGAGAUACCUCAGUGACCGUGUUCCUCAACAAUCGCAGCCAAUCUGACUGCCCAGAUGUAGCUAUCUUUACAACACAACUGUAUAAAUAUGCAGAAUGUACUAUGUACUGGAAAGUUCAAUUGGCUUAGGAAAAAUAUUCCCCUAAGAGAUGUUAUCUUUUGGAUUUCACAGAAUCACAGAAUAGUGUGGGUUGAUCUUCAUGAAGUUCUCACUGUCUCGCUGCUCAGUCUUUCCAGAUCCUUCUGGGUGGUGUCUUUUCUUUCCAGGUGUGCUGACUGCACCACACAGCUUGAUGUUGUCAGCAGACUUGCAGAGGGUGCAAUUGAUUCCACUGUCCAUGUCACCAACAAGGCUCUUUACCAGCUCUGGUACCCGUGCUUAUCCUUACAGAACACUGCUCAUUAUUGGUCUCCACUUGGACUUCAAGCUGUUGACCACAACUCUUUGAAUGCGGCCAUCCAGCCAUUUCCUUUUCCAGCUAGAGGUCCACUCAUCAAAUACAUGUCUCCAGUUUAGAAACAAGGAAGUUUUGUGAGACAGUAUCAUGCUUUGCAGAAGUCCUGGUAGAUGACAUCAGUUGCUCUUUUCUUACCUACUAUUGCUGUAACUCCAUUGUAAAAGGCCAUUAAAUCUGUCAGGCAUGAUUUGGCUUCAGUGAAUCCAUCUACUUCAUAAUCUUACUGGGAAGCAAGGUGGCACUUCCAGACUUAUAGUUCCUUGGGUCUUUCUUAUUUCCCUUUUUACAAAUGUGGGCUGUAUUUCCCCUUUCCAAGAAAAGCUUUAGCUUUCACAGUUUCAUAGACAUGGGCUGCUCAGAAAACCUCUUUUCCUCACAGGCUACAUGUUACUUCCAUUCUCUGUAGCCUUUCUUUUAGUGUUUGAGUUCAUCCAGUAGUUCCUUGUUCAUCUAACACCAUUUUGACAUUUUUGCCUGACUUCCUCUUUGUUGGGAUAAUCACUCCUGAGCUUGGAGAAGGUGAUCCUCUAAUACCAUCUAGCUUUCCUGGGUCCCUCUUUCCUCCAGGGCUUUAUCCCAUGAUACUAUAUGAGGCAGAUCCAUGAGGACACCAAAGGCUGUCUGCUGAAGUCCAGGGUAGUGAGCUUUCUGUGCACCUUCCUUGCUGACCUAAGGAUCUCAAACUCCUUUUCGUGGUCCUUGCAGUCAAGGCUGCCCUCGAGCUUCACAUUUCCCACCAGCCCCUCCUUGUUAGGAAAAAAAGAUCCAGCAUAGCACCUCCUCUCCUUGGCUCCUCCAUCAAUUGAGGAAGGAAGGUAUCAUCAAUGCAUUCCAGGAAGCUUUUCAAUUGUUUAUGUGCUGCUGUGUUGACAGAUAUUAGGGUGGUUGAAGUUCUCUGUAAGAAACAAGGUUUGUGUGUGUGAGGCUGCUCUUCUCUGUAAGGGGCCUCAUCUUCUCUGUCUUCCUGGUCAGACAAUCUGUAGCAGACCCCUACUGUAAAGCCACCUUCCCUUGCCUGCCUUUUAUCCUGACCCAAUAACUCUCAGUCAGCUCCUCAUCCAUCCCCAGGUGAGGCUCCAUGAUCUCCAGCUGGUCAUUAACAUAGAGGGCAACACCACCUCCUUGUCUACCCUUCCAGUCUUUCCUGAAGAGCCUAUAGCCUUCCAUUCCAGCCAUCUACUCUUUGGAGCCAUCUCACUAUGAGUCCAUGACAUACCAAUGAGGUCAUAGGCAUGCCCACAGGUCUAACUCUGCUUGUUUAUUCCCCUUCUUAUGUCCUCUUGCAUAGAUGCUUUGGAGUUGAGACCCUAAUGAAGGUGAUUUACUGGCUGGAGUAGGUGGAAUUCCUUUGUGUUGUUCUUCUGGUGCUUUUCUGCUGACCUGUGACCCCUCUUCAGGCUCUGGACAUCUAUUGCUGGUACUGGCACCAAAUUGAUAGGAGUGGAAUGUGUCAGGACCCAUCCCCGUAUGGCCACCAAUUGUUGGCGUUGGUGCUUGGCACCAAUUGAUGGUGGAUGGAAACUGACUGUCAUUGCCAGUUUGUUAUCUUACUGUAAAAUUUUCAUACCUCCUCUCUGUGUGUUCCCAUGGGCAGCUUCUCACAACACUGACUCCUUUCCUCUUCCUUCUGCAUGACUGCCUGACCCUUACUGCUCAGCACAGCCAACAGACUCCAGCUCUCCUCUCAAGCAGCUAACUCAUUCUUUUGUAACACCCAUUCUUAUUGGACAUAGCUGUGCCCUAUUAAGGGCAGGGCUGUUCCUACUCUUUGGUAAUUAGUACAGCUGCAACUCCUCAGGGGUGAGAUUGCCUUCAGUAUAUCUCUAUUCUCCUACAAUGCGUCCUCCCACAGGGAUGGACUGAAGUUCCUUUUCCCCUGGCAUCGUUAGUUUAAAGCACUUCUCACCAGCUUGGCAAGCUGGUGGUAGAAGAUGCUCUUCCCCUCUUCUGACAGAUGGACCCUGUCAGCCCUCAGUAGACACAGUUUCUGAAAGCAAGUCCCAUGGUCAAAGCAGCCAAACCGUGGCUGAGACACAGCCCCAGAAGCAUUUGUUGAUUCACCAGAUUUGACUGGCCCUUUAAAACACCUUUCCUUUGGCUGUGAGCAUUGAUGAAAAGACUGCCUGUGGAAUAUUAAAAAAAUUUUAACCUAGAAAAAUCUGAAUGUUGGUAUUUAUUAUGUUCACUUUCUGGUUUUGUGAUACAAGUGUAUCUUUUUUGAUUCACAUUUAUUGUUCUGUUUUUGCAACCAAAUUAUUCUUGCCAACAUACUUUUAGAUUUGUGUGUGUCUGAAAGAUGCUGCCUCUUAGGGAAAUCUGCUUUUACAAGAUAUGCAGAUAAGCUUUCAAACUUGACAGUACACCUUAACAUUUGCUUAGCAGUGUGAAGGCACUAGUUAAGGCUACUUUUUCCCUUUUAGUGUUCCACCUUGAAUAAUUGAAAGCAUAAACAUAACACCUUAGUUAUUACAAUGCAUUGUUAGGGAAGAAUCAUGGCAGAAGGAUUACAUUUUAUACUUUGUGCUUGACUCAGUAGUGGCUGGUGCAGAAACACAGCUGCAUCUCAGUUCUUGAUUCUCUAAAGCUUUUGAUAUCUGUGAAAAGAGCAAGAUUUGGGAAAGAAUGAUAUUCUACAGUCUCAUGGUGAUGUGGAUGGAAUGGGACCUCCAAAGGCCUUAGUCCUACCUUUCAGUCAGACUAUAGAUAGCUUCAAGCAGUUACUUAAAGAAUCAUCAUGUAAUUUAAAAACAAAAUCAAAUGGAACAAAUUCUCUGUUCUUUGCUGUUCUGUUUGGUGGUCCUCACUGUGAAUUUGCUUCUUUAAUAUGUAACUAGGCUUUAAACAUACUACAUUCUAUGUCUUUUGCUUUUUUCCCUGUUGCUUGUGUAACUCUGAAGAGGAUUCUGGCUUCAUCUUCUCUAUACUGUGGCCUUAAGCUGUUAAUGAUACGUUUAUAAUUUCUUUAACAUAUGUUAUUAAUUUCUAUUUGUGAAGUAUCUGGUAAUGUGCACAGUUUAAGCUGGAAUUUGGGCACGUGGUGGGAUUCUUUGGGGCU